UCGACAAGUACCAAUCAUAUCUAAAUGCCUUUAUGUGCUUUCUGUUCUACUCCUUGUUAUUACUUUUCCUUUCUGUAUUCCGUUUUGUCUACGUGUUUCUAAAAUAUGAAAGAGCUGUUGUAUUUCGAUUGGGAAGGUUUUCGCAAAACUUAAAAAUAAAUUUAAAUAAUUUAAGGCUUAUUAAACGUGGAACGAAAGGUCCAGGGAUGUUUUUUAUUAUGCCAUGCAUUGACACGUAUAGAAUGGUAGAUUUACGAGUUCUUUCCUUCGAUGUUCCACCACAAGAAAUUCUUUCAAGAGAUUCAGUUACUGUAUCAGUAGAGGCUGUUAUAUACUUUCGUAUUUCUAAUCCAGUUAUUUCCGUUACAAAUGUGAAUGAUGCCCAAUUUAGCACAAAAUUGUUAGCACAAACAACUCUUCGGAAUGUUUUGGGCACCAAAACUCUCAGUGAAAUAUUGAUGGAAAGGGAUAUAAUAUCAAAUAUAACAGAAAAGGUGCUUGAUGAUGGAACUGAUCCUUGGGGUGUAAAAGUGGAAAGGGUGGAAAUUAAAGAUAUUCGACUUCCUCAACAAUUGAUGAAGUCAAUGGCCGCUGAGGCAGAAGCCGCUCGCGAUGCACGAGCUAAAAUUAUAGCUGCGGAUGGUGAGCGAAGUGCAAGCCGACAAUUAGUCCAAGCAGCAGAUAUUGUGUGUGGCAAUAAAGUUUCUCUUCACUUGCGAUACCUACAAACGCUAAUCAGAAUUUCUUCUCAACAUAAUCAUACUUAUGUAGUACCAAUUCCACUGGAAUUUAUGAAAAGAAUAAUGGAGAAAAUAAAAAAUAGAGGAAGAACACAGGGAAAGUGAAGAUGAAAAAAAGAAAAGAAUUUUUAUGAAAAAAAUUAUUUUUGGGAAAAUUUUAAAGAUAGUGA